AUGGACGAUCCAUGGGGCAACGCCUGGGGCGAACCUUCUACCACUACUACCACCCAUGACACCUGGGAUGUCAAGCCCGUUACGACUUUGACGACUUCGCCGCCUCUGGGUGAUGAGGAGGCUGAUCUGGGCGGCGCUUCCGCGGGCUGGACACUUGACGGCGCUGUUCGUUGGGAUGAGGGCGACGCCUGGGGCUCUUCUAACUCCGCCUGGCAACCACAAGAUACUUUCUCGAAUAUCAAACUCGAGACGCCUGUCGCUGCUGCACCUCCAGAAUCUGAACCCGAACCAGAUCUUGAACCCGAACGUCCCGAUUCAGAGCACGCUUCUGAGCCUGAACCAGAGCCCGAAGAGGAAGUCGACGAGCCGCCUCCGGUGACAGUUGAUGCGCCGCCAGAUACCGAUGAGGAGGCGCCCGCGGCCGUGAGCGCUCCCCGGACGCCAGAUCCAGAUGCCGACGGCUUCGGGACGUUCGACGACGGCACUGCACCUGUAUCAGCAGCAGCGGCACCAUGGUCACCAGUCGCACCUGCCUUUCCGGAAGACACCGACGGCGGCUGGGGUACUUCUGCUGAGUCCGCUUGGGGUGCUGCCGACCCUGCCGAGAAAGAGGAGGAAGCCGAAGAAGAGGACGAAUGGACCAGGGCAGCGCGCGCCAAGGCCGCGUUGGAUCGCGCGCUCCCGCCUGAGUUGCUCGCUUCGAUAAUGCAGCAAGUGCAGGAACUCGCCGAUGCCGCCUGGCCGCCACAGGAAGGCGAUCAUGCGAAAGACACGCCGCCUGACUGGGCGAGCAGCUGGCUCGCAGGUAUGGAUGGUGUACCGGGUCUUGAAUCACUCUUGUCGACAUAUGUCCCUCCAGACCAUACACUUCCUCCACCAACUCGCUUCGCCGCAACACACACAUCGAAGUCCCUCAGUUCAUCCCUCAAACUCACCCGACAUACGCUCCCGGCACGCAACUCGCCUUUCGCAUCACUCAUGGCAGCCCGCGGAUCCGCCGCCUGGGAAGCCGCUGUGAAAGCGCGCUCUAUGCCCACAGCUGACGCAGACGCAGAGAGCGCCGUGCCUGCUGGAUGGCGAAUACUUGAGAAGGAUGAACGGAAAGAUGGAGAUGCGAAGGAAGAGGGUAAAGAGGAGAAGAGGGGCUUGUUCGCGAGCUUGUGGGGUCGCAGGAGCAGCACGAUGAAGCCUCAGACUACGGGCGGGAGCAUUGGGAGCUCAGGAUCAACGAGGCAGAGCGUUGAGGUGCUCAGCCCGGUGUCCGCACCUUCCACUGGUCCUGCAACGCCGCAACGAGCUGCAUCACCCGCACCGUCUACGACGUCCACGCCUGCGCCUACGGCUUCUACACCAACGGCCGAGGCACCACCUGCUCAACCUGCUCCUUACGACCCGCCCACGUUCGAGCCGAUCCUUCCACCUUCGAGUAGCGCGUCACCGCCGCCCCAAGCAGCGCCGGCACCAACGGGCGUCUCCCGCUUCUUCUCACGCCUUACCCGCAAUCGCGCCUCGUCUCCCUCCCCACGGGCUUCGUUAGCACUCAGUGGCGACGACAUUGAGUUCCUCGGGGAUAUUGUACCUUCCGCAUCUGAUCCAGAUGACGAGAAUGAUCUGCUGGGUUUGGGAGGAGGAAAGGAUAGGGAUCUGAAGAUGGCUGGACUAGAGAGUCUGUUGAAGAGCAAGCCGAUAGGCGGGAAACUGCCUGCACCUCUACCACCGCCUCCGAGCGUACCGACACUAAGACCGGUAUCGAGUGCGAGUGCUCCAAAGCCCCAUCACGCGAGCCAGCCAUCACAAGAUCUGUUCGCGGGCUUCGACGUGCUACAACCUUCAUCGUCGGGAGGAACACAAGCCUCGGGUUCAGCAAAUUUCCAGGCGCUCCCGACGUCAAGCUCCCUCGCGUCUACGAGCGCGCAACCUUUUGCACCUUCCAUAUCGACCGCAUCAAGCGCUCAGCCGUUGGCGCCUUCAACAUCAAGCAGCGCAUUUGACGACGACGACGAUUUUGCAGACUUUCUCGGUUCACCGUCGGCACAUACAGGUCCUUCAGCAGCCGGUGGUCUUCCGCCUGCUCCCGAUACCUCCACGUUCGGUGACUUCUCGAGCUUCGCGGCGCCAUCAGCUUCUUCUGCAGCAGGUCAAACUGCGACGAGCGAUUCGUUUGGUGACUUUGGAGGGUUCAUGUCGACACCUGUGCCAUCGUCUGCAGCGACUGUUGCGAGUCCGCCUCAGCCGCUUGCGCCGCCACCUUCGGCUAUAUCGACCCUUUCGCCGCCGCCGCGGUAUGGGACGACGCCGGUACUGCCGCCCCCUGGCUCAAGUACGAUAUCACCUCUCCCACCACCACAAAGCGUAGGAACGGCCACGCCUCCUCUACCACCGCCUAGUGCGGGCAUGAGCAAAUCUUUACUUGACCGACGCCUCAGUCGCCCCGUGGGAAGCUCGGGUUCGAAUUCACCCGUUUCGCCCGCCGCCCCAGCUCCCCUCGCACGAGCCGGGUCAGUAAAGAACGGAAAGCCACUCUCGAUCACGCCGCCCUCACUGGACCUGUUCAACACCGAUGCCAGCUCUGCCGACAAGGAAGACACGAAGUCGGGCGUCGAGGCUUCCCACACGCGUACGCGCUCGCUUCUCGAGAGCGCCCAAGCACGCGCGGGCAUGAGAUGGCCGGCGCCGCCGUCUCCGCUUCCUGAGGCGCUGAGUCCGCCGCCAGAUGCACCGGCUACGUUCACUUCCGCUGGUGUGGACCUUCUGGGUGUUGGCAGUGGACUAUCUGGGUUCGCGGCGGCACAGGUGCAGGGCGCGCCUCCAGUCCAGACGUUCUCGCCACCAUCACGCGCACUCUCACCGCCGAUGCAAACGCUCUCCCCUCCACCUCUCGCCCCUCCGCCCGGAGCAAAUCCUCCGGCGCACAAGAUUCCGCCAGCACCAUUGAACUCGCUCGCGCCUCCAACAGACUUGUUCGAUAUGGGGACGGGAGUAGAAGAGACGCCGCCACCCACGCCUCCGAAGCCUGACUUUGGCUCGUUCGCGAGGUCAAAUAGCCGCCCGUCAUCGGUCGUAGGCUCUUCGACGUUCUCGCCGCCUUCAAACCCGUCACCUUUACCUCCCUCAACGCUCUCGCCGCCCAACUCGUCGACGUUGCCCUCAGCAGUCGGGAUCUCGCGCUUUCCGCAUCAUUCGAGUCUACCGGUGCCGGCGUCGACGUCGAGACCUGCGUCGCGUGCAGCACAUAAGGCUGUGACGAUGUCUGGUGCUUCGACGAGCGCGGGUGGGUCAGCGCCGUUGUUGCCGCCUCCGCCGGGUGGGGGUUCACCGUUCGCGCCUCCUCCGCGCGCACCGUCCGUCGUCGCGUCUCCGCCUCCCGUAACGAUGACGCCGCCCACCGCAUCACUGUCACCUCCAGCAGGCUUUGCCCCUCCCCAACGCAACUCAUUCGCCUCACCUCCACCAAUGAACCCAUCACCAAACAACGUGUUUGCUGCGUUGCCGCCGGGUAGGGCGAUGAGCUUGUCGCCACCCGCGAGAGACGGAUCGCCCGAUGAUAGUGUGCCGCUUGCGGCGCUUGUGCAGCAGAGGCAUCAGGCGCAGACUGUCGUGAAAGGCACGGGCGGGUUGAGCGCGCAGGAUCUGAGCUUCUUCGAAGGGCUCUGA